UACCACCGGAAGUUUGCUAUUAAACGUCCUGUCAGUGUUUGGCGCGAGGAAAGUCUCCAGUCACGAGCCAUGGACAUUCGGCCCAACCACACCAUCUACAUAAAUAAUGUAAACGAUAAAAUUAAAAAAGAAGAGCUGAAGAGAUCGCUCUACGCGUUGUUCUCCCAGUUCGGACAGAUACUUGACAUUGUUGCUCUGAAGACCAUGAAGAUGAGGGGCCAGGCCUUUGUAGUCUUCAAGGAGCUGAGCUCUGCCACAAAUGCUCUGCGACAGCUCCAAGGCUUUCCUUUCUACAACAAGCCCAUGCGCAUUCAGUAUGCAAAGACAGAUUCUGAAAUUAUCUCAAAAAUGCGUGGUACAUUUGGUGACAAAGACAAGAAAAAGGACAAGAAGAAAAAGUUGCAAGAACCAGUAUCGAGUGCCACUAAGAAGCCAGCCCUGGGAUCUGCCAGCACACAGUCAAGUGCACCCCCACCACCACAGGUUCCUGACAAUCCACCUAACUAUAUUCUGUUCCUCAACAAUCUUCCGGAGGAGACGAACGAAAUGAUGUUGUCCAUGCUGUUCAAUCAGUUCCCGGGCUUCAAGGAAGUGCGUUUGGUACCGGGAAGACACGACAUUGCCUUUGUGGAGUUUGAGAACGAAGCUCAGGCAGGCACAGCUCGAGACGCCCUGCAGGGCUUCCGCAUCACCGCCACGUGCGCCAUGAAGAUCACCUACGCCAAAAAAUAGACCCCAGUGGUCCGUGGAGGAUAGCUGCGGGAUCAAUAGAAGGGCCAUGCACACAAGACUUAAUCUCGGGACUCUGCUUUUAUGCGCCAUAUUUUGCUUAAUUUUUGUGUGACGUGAAUGAGGGGUCUGGUUUUACUUCUAAAUUGAUGUUUCAAAUAAAAUGUGUUUUA